AUGGCCCUGGAGCAGACGCUUCAGGCGGCGCGCCAGGGCGACCUGGACGUGCUGAGGUCCCUGCACGCCGCCCGCCUGCUGGGGCCCUCGCUGCGCGACCCGCUGGACGCGCUGCCAGUGCACCACGCGGCCCGCGCCGGCAAGCUGCACUGUCUGCGCUUCCUGGUGGAGGAGGCCGGUUUGCCCGCCGCGGCCAGCGCGCGCAACGGCGCCACGCCGGCCCACGACGCCGCCGCCACCGGCCACCUCAGCUGCCUGAUGUGGCUGCUCUCUCACGGCGGCUGCGGAGUGCAGGACAGAGACAAUUCUGGUGCCACAGUCCUGCAUCUGGCUGCCCGCUUCGGCCACCCUGAGGUGGUGAACUGGCUGCUGCGUCACGGCGGUGGGGACCCCACCGUGGCCACAGACACAGGCGCCCUGCCUGUUCACUACGCCGCCGCCAAAGGAGACUUCCCCUCCCUGAGGCUCCUCGUCGGCCACCACCCUGAGGGAGUGAAUGCCCAAACCAAGAACGGUGCCACGCCCCUGUACCUGGCGUGCCAGGAGGGCCACCUGGAGGUGACGCAGUACCUGGUGCAGGAGUGCGGCGCGGACCCGCACCUGAGCGCCCACGACGGCAUGACCCCGCUGCACGCCGCGGCGCAGAUGGGCCACAGCCCGGUCAUCGUGUGGCUGGUGAGCUGCACCGACGUAAGCCUGUCGGAGCAGGACAAGGACGGCGCCACGGCCAUGCAUUUCGCGGCGAGCCGCGGUCACGCCAAAGUGCUCAGCUGGCUCCUGCUGCACGGCGGCGAGAUCUCGGCCGACCUGUGGGGCGGGACCCCGCUGCAUGACGCCGCCGAGAACGGAGAGCUGGAGUGCUGCCAGAUCCUGGUAGUGAACGGCGCGGAGUUGGACGUCCGCGACCGCGACGGGUACACAGCCGCCGACCUCGCGGACUACAACGGCCACAGCCACUGCACCCGCUACCUGCGCACCGUGGAGAACCUGAGCGUGGAGCACCGCGUGCUGUCACGGGAUCCAUCCGCUGAUCUGGAGACCAAGCAGCCUGACUCGGGCAUGUCCUCACCCAACACCACCAUGUCAGUCCAGCCACCAAACUUUGACCUCAGCUCGCCCGCCAGCACCCUGUCCAACUACGGGUCCUGCUCCUCCGGCCACUCCAGCAUCAAGGGCCGGCGCCCCCCGCGUGGGCUUCCCAGCACGAGAGCUGCAGACAUACAGAGCUACAUGGACAUGCUGAGCCCAGAGCAGGGCCUGCCCCGGAGCAGGAUGGAGAGACCCAAAGCACCACCGCCACCACCCAGCUUCCCUCCACCGUUCUCACCCCCAGGCACCCAGCUGCCCCCACCCCCGCCAGGCUACCCAGCUCCCAAGCCCCCCGCGGGGCUGCAAGCAGCUGACAUCUACACGCAGACAAAGAACAAACUCCGCCAUGUGGAGACCGAGGCCUUCAAGAAGGAGCUGAGCUCCCGCGACGGCCGCAACGGGCUGCGGAGGCAGGACUCCAGCCGCAAGCCCCGCGCCUUCAGCAAGCAGCCCAGCACGGGGGACUACUACCGCCAGCUGGGCCGCUACCCCGGGGAGCCGCUGGCCGCGCGCCCGGGCAUGGCGCACAGCGAGGAGGUGCGUGCCCGCCAGCCCGCACCCGCCGGCCGCCCGGGACCCGGCCAGGCCGCCCGCGUCUCACUCGCUGGCCCCUCCGCUCCCCCGCAGGCGGCGCUGCUCCCCGGGAACCACUUGCACAACGGCUGCGGCGCGGACCCCAAGACGUCCAGGGAGCUGCCCCCGCCGCCCCCGCCGCCGCCGCCCCUGCCCGAGGCCCUGAGCUCGCCGCCGCCGCCCGCUCCUCCUCUGCCCUUCGAGGGCUCUGGCCCUGGCUGCGGGCAGCGUCGCUCCUCCUCGUCUACUGGCAGCACCAAGUCUUUCAACAUGAUGUCCCCGACGGGCGACAACUCAGAGCUACUGGCUGAGAUCAAGGCGGGCAAGAGUCUGAAGCCGACGCCGCAGAGCAAGGGGCUGACCACGGUGUUCUCGGGCAGUGGGCAGCCGGCCUCCCAGCCCGACUCGCCGCUGCCGCCGGCCUCGCCGGCACCGUCACGGGCCCGGAGCCCCACCCCGCCGGCCACGGGGUCCCAGCCACUGCUCAACGGCAGCGUGGCGCCGGCGCCGCCUGCCACCCCUGCGCCGGGCGUGCAGCUCGACGUGGAGGCGCUCAUCCCCACGCACGACGAGCAGGGCCGGCCCAUCCCCGAGUGGAAGCGCCAGGUCAUGGUGCGCAAGCUGCAGCUGAAGAUGCAGGAGGAGGAGGAGCAGAGGCGGAAGGAGAAGGAGGAGGAGGCCUGGCUGGCCAGCAUGCCCGCCUGGAGGCGGGACAUCCUACGGAAGAAGCUAGAAGAGGAGAGGGAGCAGAAGCGGAAAGAGGAGGAACGACAGAAGCAGGAGGAGAUGCAGCGGGAAAAAGAGCAGUCGGAGAAGCUGCGGACGCUCGGCUACGACGAGAGCAAGCUGGCGCCCUGGCAGCGACAGAUCAUCCUGAAGAAAGGGGACAUCGCUAAGUACUAG